CAGUUGUCGCCAUAUUGUCAACUUUCGAAGAGGCCAAUCCAUUUCUUUAAAAAUGCCCAAAUAGUACGUGUCAUUUUCCUUUAAAACAUUUAAUCGCUGUAUUUGAUAACAUACUUUGCUUGUAUUUUGAAAUGUUACGUGUUAAACGGACACGGCUCGCCACGCUCGCUAGCUGUAGCUGUUAGCCGACGCUGUAGAGGCGAGUGGUGCUGUGGCGCACCUCACGCAGUGAGCGACCUGCGCCCGCUCACCGCUCAUGGCUUUAUUUGACAAGCGGACUCUAUCGACCGUAGACGCAAAGAUGGCGCACAUUGGCGCAAUGCAAGACGCAGCCGUGGAGGACUACUCCGCCCCGCAAGGGUCCGGGGUCUGCCUGCGGAGUCGACCGUGCUCCAGCGAGAGAGACGGCCAGGUGCGGGCCGUCAAGGCGGCUCUCCAGUCCAGCCUGGGGCCCUACGAGCCCGCGCUGACCUACCUACAGUCCGUCCUGGUGUGGGAGCGACCCGUGCAGUGUGUGCUUCUCUACGCGCUGGUCAACGCGGUGUUCUGGUUUCUCGCCCUGACCUCGCUCCACAUGCUGUUCCUGCUGGCUUCUGGUCUGGCUGUGGUCGCCUGUGUUGAUGCCUGGAGAAAUAAGAUCUUUCCAGUGAUUAGAGUCAGAAACAUGGAUGAAUCAGACAAUGAGAGCUGGGGUCUGGUGCAGCCCGGCAUCCUCAGUGUGCCGGAACUGGCCCACCACAUCGCUGAGGCCUGGGUCAGUGGGGCCGUGCUUGCGUCCAGUGUGGUGCAGUACAAACGGCACAACCCCGGCAAGUUCUGCAUCCUGACCUGUGGACUCUUCGCCGGCCUGGCUGUGGUUGGAAGCCACGUUCCUGGAUUGGUGCUCUCCUACUCUGCUAUGUGGGCGACGGUCCUGGCCCCUGUGGGAGCCUAUCACAGGGUGUUUCAGCAUGUGUGCGUUAAGCUGGAUCCGGUCCUGCAGAGACUGGACUUUAGUGUUUGUGGCUUCAUGAUGUCAAAGCCUGUUGAUAAUCAGUUCCUGCGGAGGCCUCUCCGUGGUUUAGCCUCAGGGGAGAACAGUGAUAGUGAGGAGGAGGAGCUGGCUGCUUUCUGCCCAUCAUUUGACGACGCCAUCGUCGCGAAAGAUCUCUCUCUGACGGACUCCGAGCACUCUGAUGCCGAGGUGUCCUACACUGAGAAUGGGACAUUUAACCUCUCGCGUGGCCAGACUCCGCUCACGGAGGGCUCUGAGGAUUUUGACCGCCACAGCGACACUGAGGAGUCCUUCGCUCGAGACCUCCAGGGCUUCCCCUCCAUAAACCCCGACGCCACCCUGAUGGACGACGACGACGACGACACGAGCAUCGGGCUCCCGAGUCUGGGCCUGUCCGGGCUCGCCGGUCACCGGGCCUCGGCGCUGGAUGCUCAUCUGGACUCGGAUCAGGAGGAUCUGGAUGCAGAACUUUCUCUCAGCGGCCUGCCGCCCGCCUCUGACUUCGCCGGAGACUUGGCCGGAGUCAUCGCCAGCAACAUGAUCCAGGCAGCGCUGGCCGGGGCGCUGCUGCCUCGGCCUCCUGCCGGCCAGCGCAGACAAGACCCCCCCAGGGCCAGAGCCCACCGGAGCUACCGCAAGCAGUCCAGCUCCGAGCUGGACACGGACUUGGACAUGGAGGACUUUGAAAUGCUGGAUCAGUCUGAACUGAACCAGAUGGAUCCCCUUGGAGGAGGAGGAGGAGGAGGGAGUAGUAGAAGGGGGGAGAGCCAGGGGUCUAACUUCUUGUCUAGCCUGCUAGGUAAACCACAGUAAUGUGUGUGUGUGUGUGUGCACAUGCAUGAGUGCAACUUCAUGGGCGGUGUUCAUGUGAUGAGCUGUGCGUGUGCGUGUGUGCGUGUGUGUGUGUUGUGUGUGGUUCCAGAAGCUCUGCUUCUAAUUGGCGUCAGAUUAUCACUGUGAAGAAUUCAUCUAUUUCUACCUUUCUUUCUUUCCUCCCUUCCUUUUAAACCCUGAUCAUCCACACUUUUACUCUGUCGAAGCAAGAGGAAAUGCAACAUGAAACACGUCACACAUUAUUAUUAACCAGCAUUGUUGAGCCGUGUUGCAGUCGUGUGGACCCAGAAGUUACGAGGCUUCUUGUGAAUUACUUCAGAAUACAGAACGGUGCCCUUUAAAUCUUAUUUACUUUACAGGGCUUUUUAACAUGGGACCAAACCCGACAUUCCUAUUGGUUGAGCUGAGCCACAUGACUUUGGCAAUAACACUAUGGAGCAGCGUUACGUGUUGAUAUAGCUCAAUACACCCCUCAUUAGUUUGUCAAAUUAUUUUCAAAGAAGCAGAACUUAUUGCUCUGUUGAUGUUCUCUGUAUCGGACAUUAAUUUAGUUCCAGGUUUACAGAUUUUAAUUACAUUUAUUUAGACUCUUUUCAGCAGUUGACAUUUUGGACAGUGAUUUAAUUUCCAUGAUUAAUAUGAAUAAUAUUUGCAUAUGUCUUUCAGUUCUCAGUGAGAUCUUUUUAUAAAAUGUUUUCUUUUCUCUGCUGUCGAACAUACCCAAAACACCCGAGUCCAUCAUAGUCUCACCCGGUCUGACCCGGAGGAAAUCAUCUUUAUUGUUCAUUGUGUUGAUGAACUUGAGCCCCAGGAGAAUGUGAGUAUGUUCGGAAUAUUUUAAAUGUCGCUGCCUUUUUAUUACAGCUCAAUAGUAUAUGAUGUCCAUGUUUAAUACUUUGAGAGUCCUCAGCUUUGUGUGCUUCUUUCUCAAGAGUAAUAUUUAAAGAAACACGUUUCUUUAACUUUUAACCUCUUAGUUCAUUUCGUUGACAUUCAUGCUGAACUUUUUUUUUAAGAGAAAAAGCUGAUGUUCUUCAAUAUAUAGAUAUUUAACUAUUUUAUUGGGGGAACAUGUUUACAUCCAAAUUGGGUAUAGAACUUCACCCUUUAUAUCCUUUUAAAAGUGUUAGUUUGUAAAGGUUUUAUGUGGCUUUAAUGUGCCGGUCAGCCGGAUUUCCUUUAGACGGUCAAACCGCGUCAGUGUGACAAACCUUCACCGUGGAAAUGGCACUUAAAAAAAUAAGCCACAGUGAAGAUUUAUUCAAAUGAGAAAAAGCUUUUUAAUAAGUGCAUUGCUCACUUUAAUUGUGAUAUUUUGAGAGGACAAUUAUAGAAGCAGCUAUUAUAUAACACAAUAUAAAACAACUGCUGGAUCCACAUUCAGGAGGUGAAGUAGAUAUAAAUGUGCACUUUUUAGGACUUUGCUGGGAUCGUUAUGCUGAAACGAGAGCGGGUCGCCCCCGGGUCGUCCUCUGGUCACCAGAGUGAUGCUCAUUGCUGCUCCAAGAAGAGUCGGUUCCUCCGUGUGGGUGACCUGUAGUCAGUGUGAUCAUGUGACGUGCAUCGUAGUGGAUCUGCUCUGUAACUGGUUUUGAUAUGUUUUGAUGUGCAAAUCUUAUUGAAUAAAAUGUUUCAAUGAAA